AUGUUCAAGAAGAAGCACGAUCCUUUUGAGGAGCUGCUCAAACCGGAGCCUGCGGCCCCAAAAAAACAGUUUCUGCAGCAGGUGAUUGUCGCCGCCAAACCUGCUGAAGCUGCUACAGAUGCUUCUAGUUCAGCUGCCAGUGCUCGUUACAGCUCGCCGUUCCGUAACUCACAACUGCUAGCUGGAGCUCAGAAACGGAAAGCUCAAAAAUUCCCCACCGUGUCCGCUACUGGACCAGGCGCUACGAGCUCAGACAUGGGCUACAAGGUGAUCGACGCUGCUCGUAAAAGAGCCAAGGACAUAGCAGUUCCAAGCUACCUCCAGGGCACUGACGAACGCCAACGCCGCAAACUGGACAAAUUGGAGCGGAAGGAGGACUCGUUGCAAUAUAAAAAGGAUUCGCAAAAGAUUGUAGAUAUUCGUGAAAGUGCCAAGAAGGCAGAAGCAGGUGAGGAAAUAGCGGCCGUCGAAGGCGAAGAGGGGGAGCACGCUGAAGGUACCAAACCACUUGAAAGCGAUGAACCAGUGGAACCAGUCGAGCCCGUCGAGCCAGUCGAGCCACUUGAAAGCGAUGAACCAGUGGAACCAGUUGAGCCAGUUGAGCCAGUUGAGCCAGUUGAGCCAGUUGAGCCCGUCGAGCCAGUCGAGCCACUUGAAAGCGAUGAACCAGUUGAGCCAGUUGAGCCAGUUGAGCCAGUGGAACCAGUUGAGCCAAUUGAGCCAGCAGUGGAACCAGUUGAGCCAAUUGAGCCAGCAGUGGAACCAGUUGAGCCAGUGGAACCAGUUGAGCCAAUUGAGCCAGCAGUGGAACCAGUUGAGCCAAUUGAGCCAGUUGAACCAGUCGAGCCAGCUGAAGUCGCCAAACACGUCGGACUCGCUCCCUCGACCCCCACCGAUGCCCCUGUUCCUCCGCCCGAGCCUCUAGAAGUGUCCGAGACCGCUGCUGUUGAACCUCUUGAAACUUCCGACAUUGUUAGCGCCACGACCGCGGCUGAAACCUCUACGAAUGGUCCUACGAAACCCAUUGAUCCCAAAGUUGCGCCAAGAGUCCCAUUUGCCACCGGAAUCUUCGCCCUUUGGACUCGCUCCGGUAAUCGUGGUCAGCCUGUAGCAUCUCCCAAUGAUCCGGAAUUUAUUGUGAGGUUCGAUAAAGGUUACAUGUCUAAGGCCCUGCACGAUACUUUGGAGUAUGAGGAACUCGUUCAUAAAAAAGAAAUGGCUGAUUAUACAAAGGAAAAUGAGGCCAAGUAUGAUUCCAAAGCUAAAGAAUAUGACGACCAUUUGGCCUCUCUCAAGUCGCAGAUUGCAGAGCUCGAAACAACCAUGCAGCAAUUGAAACUUGAUACAGCAGAAAAAAUCAAGCUCAGCGAUACUGUCCUGUCAGCCAACAUAAUCGACUCUAAUGCCAAACACAGUGCAGUGAAAAACACAAUCUUCGCGGAAACUGAAAAUAUUAAAGCCACCAAGUUGGAAGAAAAAGAGAGUGUGGAGGAGGUUCAGAACCAAGUCAAGGCUGAAAUUGAGGAAUUGGAGAAAACCAAGGCAGAGGUGGACGCUGACUUUCAAGAGCAUCAAACUCGUGUUGACGGUUUGACUGCUGAUUUGGAGACCAAGCUCGCUGCUAUUCAAGAAUUGAAUGACAAACAGGUUGAAGUCCAGGAAUCGAUUGACGUUCUCACACAAAGAAAGGAUGAUUUAGUCGCCGAGACCGACGCGCAUGAUCAACAACAUGAGUCUAACUUCGCCGUACUCGAGAGUAUUAAGAACAAAGAGUAUCUGCCACAAAUUAAUGCGAUUGAUGCUCAAAUUUCAGAAAUGUUGACCAAUCUGACAGUCAUUAAGCAAGAAACUGCAAACCAGGAAAGCGAAUUUGCUGUUGUGUCAAAACGUUUGGAGGAGGAAAGUGAGGAGCGCAAGGAAAAAUUGAGGCUUGAAGAGGAAGCCCGCAAGCGUGAAGAAGAGGAACGCUUGCAGAAGCAACGCGACGAACACGAGCAGAAAAUUUUGCUCUUGCAGCAAGACCAUGCUCGUCAACUAGAUGAAGCUGAUCAAAAGGCUUUAGAGGCGCAGCAAGAGCACCAGCGUCAGUUAGACGAAGCGGCUAAGAAAGCUGUGGAAACUGAAGCUGCCUUACAAGCCGAGCGCGAACAACGUGAGCUUAGGGAAAGAGAUAACGUCAGGCUGUUAGGCGAGAAGGCCAUACAAGAACAAGAAAAUGCAAAAAUCGCCGACAGGGCUCUGGAAGAGGAACUAAAAAGCAAGAGCUACAACCGAGCCCUCGCGAUGGAAGGUGCUGAGGAGGCAUACUUGAGAAACAAGGAUAUUUCGAACCACAAGCCCACAAAUCCUGUUCUCAGUAACCAAUCUCUAAACGCUACCAAAGACAGCUCGUUGUUCGAAUAUUUCACCGAAAAAGAGAUUACCUACGUAACCCCAAGCCAAAGUAAUGUAUGA